AAGUAGUGGCCCAAAAAAAGGCCAAUUGAAAUUGGCUCAGUUUGGUUAGGCCCAAACCCAUCGUUCCAGAAUAUUUUCUUCUUGCCUUGUUCUCACCAUUUCUCAUUUCUCAUUUUCUCUUCUUCCCUUUCGUUGCCUUCAGACGGAAAACCCUAACAGCAAAAUCCGAAAAAGCUCAAAUUUCGAGAAAAGCUAUGAGUUCUUCUUUCUUCUGAAUUCAUCUUUGAUCAAAGAACAAGCUUCUGCAGAAAAUGGCCACACCAUUGAUAGCAGGACUGAGUGUUGCUGCUGCAGCAUUGGCUGGAAGGUAUGGCAUCCAGGCUUGGCAAGCAUUCAAGGCCAGACCACCCACUGCAAGAAUGCGAAAAUUUUACGAAGGAGGUUUUCAGCCUAAAAUGACGAGGAGGGAAGCAGCUCUUAUUCUUGGAGUCAGGGAAAGCACUCCAGCAGAUAAAGUGAGGGAGGCACAUAGGAAGGUGAUGGUAGCCAACCAUCCAGAUGCAGGAGGUAGCCACUACCUUGCUUCAAAAAUCAAUGAAGCAAAAGACAUAUUGCUCGGAAAGACAAAGAACAGCGGUUCUGCAUUUUAAUCUCAACCGAAAGUCUCACUUUGGUGCUUUGGAAGUUACAAAUCACAUGGUAACGAGAGGCGGAUCAUGCCUUCUGGCACUGGACUAAAUUUUUAAGUGAAGUGGAUUAAUUCUUUUUGACCGAAAGAUGUAUGUUAGUUGGAGAAGGCAACAUUUGAUAGUUGUAUUGAGUUCACUGAAUGUGAAGAAGUUCCAGACGCAGUAUUAAGCCAAUCUGUACUUUAUCAAUUGAUAACAAAGAUUCAUGUUUAAUAAUUAGUUGGUUUCUUCUUUGGUUGGAUGCUGAAACAAGCGCUAUUAUCGGAUUAUGGUGAUACAAAACCUUGUCGUUCUGAAUUA